CUUCACAAGAGUCACAUACAUACAUACGAAUUAUGAAAUUGUAUGGCAAAACUUGAAACCAUUUCAGUAAUUCAUGUUACGAUUUACGACUUACCACUCGUUAGAGUAAUAGUGCUCUGUGCUUACCACGCCAUCCAAUAAUUAAUAAUAAAAUAUGAUAUGAAAAAAUAAUAUCACAUCUAAUCUUCUUGGGUUUAUGGCUCCGCGCCGAGAGCGUUUAAACCACUGUUGAUAAAAUCACAAAUCACUCAGUGAUAGUUAUUACUUAUCAUUACAUUAAAUGUUAUAUUUUUAGUACGUAGUCCGGUAUCAUUUGUCAGGUUAUAUCAGGGAGGGUUAGUAACAUAGUAAGUCAAGGACCUUAGGAAAUUGAUGGGAACUAAGUAUAACUUAUGCGUGCGAAUUUGUCAAAAAAGUGUUUUUAAAAAAAGAACAAUGAGUAUUGAUAUUGGAGGCAUGAGAAUAAAAUAUAAGGAUAAGAACGAAACAUUCCUUGAAAAGCACUUGGUAUCCAAAGAACCUUUUGGGCAGUUCAAAAGUUGGUUUGAAGAAGCAUGUUCAAGGAAAGAAAUUUUGGAGCCAAAUGCUAUGUGUCUUGCAACUGCAUCAAAAGAUGGCAUCCCAUCAGCAAGAUUUGUUUUAUGUAAAGGAUAUGGUGAGGAGGGCUUCAAAUUCUUCACUAAUUACGAUAGCAGGAAAGCAAAAGAAAUGAAUGAAAAUCCAAAUGUAGCUGCAACUUUUUACUGGGAGGUGUUAAAUAGAUCAAUAAGAAUUGAGGGCAAGGUUGAAAAGUUGUCUGAAGAAGAAUCCACCAAAUAUUUCCACACUAGACCAGUUCCAAGCCAGAUUGCUGCAUGUGCGAGCUACCAAAGUACUCCCAUUGAAUCUAGAGAUGUCUUAUGUGAGAGAGAAAGCGUCUUGGAGGCAGAAUAUAUGAUUCCUGACAAAGAAGUACCAAAACCAUCCUAUUGGGGUGGAUAUAUCAUUCGUCCUAAGGCAGUAGAAUUUUGGCAAGGUCAGAGGGAUCGACUGCAUGAUCGUAUAAAGUUUAGAAAGCUAAAAGAAGGUGAAUUACCUGAUGGUAAGAUCCUACAUGAGGGAGAAAAUGGAUGGGUAUAUGAGCGCCUUUCACCUUAAUAAAAUAUGAUUGCAAAUGAUAUAAUUAUAAAUAAAUCAUAUUCAUAGUGUUUGAUAUUGUUAUUUAAUGUAUUUAUGAAAUGUAGAUGAAUUCCUACAGAAGUACAGAAAGCAUAAUGUAAGAAAUAAAUCAUUUAUAUAUUUUUAUAA